AUGGCCUGUGCACCUGGCCGCCCCUCGGAAAGGCCUUCGCUGCAAAGGAGCCGACUUCGCAAGAAGCUAAAGGACACGCCAGUGGUUAGAGCCCAGGUCCGCACGGUGCCUCAGCGAACGGCUUUUCAGGAGCAGGGGCUAAACUUCUGGACGGGUAAAGCCGGGCGGACGUUGCCUCUGCGGCCCGCUGGGCUCCGACAGGCUCUGCCAGACAGGCUUCCCCGCUCUGCCGGGAUUCCCCGACCACCUCAGCGCUUCCGAGGGUGGUCUGGGAAGUUGCUGGAAGCCCACGAGGCACGCGUGUUCACGUCUGAUGGCCGGCCUGGCGCGGGCAGAGGGAGGGGCCGCGGGGAGGCCACGGAAUGCCCAUUGGAGCCCCGCAAGAGCAGCGUGAGCUCGUCCGUGGCCCCCACGGCCCGUGAGGCCCCUGGCGUGAAGCGCCUGGACCUCUUCUUCCCGGAGGAAGGCGGCCGCCAGACAUACCCCCGGCCUCACGAGUAUCUGUCCCCGAGGGACCUGCCCAAGAGCUGGGACUGGCGGAACGUGAACGGCGUCAACUACGCCAGUGUCACCAGGAACCAGCACAUCCCCCAGUACUGCGGCUCCUGCUGGGCCCACGGCAGCACCAGCGCCAUGGCGGACCGGAUCAACAUCAAGAGGAAGGGGGCCUGGCCCUCCACCCUGCUGUCCGUGCAGCACGUCAUCGACUGCGGCGACGCGGGCUCCUGCGAGGGGGGCAACGACCUGCCGGUGUGGGGGUACGCCCACGAGCACGGCAUCCCCGACGAGACCUGCAACAACUACCAGGCUAAGGACCAAGAGUGCGACAAGUUUAACCAGUGUGGAACCUGUACUGAAUUCAAAGAGUGCCAUGCCAUCCAGAACUACACCCUCUGGAAAGUCGGCGACUAUGGCUCCCUCUCCGGGCGGGAGAAGAUGAUGGCAGAAAUCUACGCCAACGGCCCCAUCAGCUGCGGUAUCAUGGCGACGGAGAAGAUGGUCAACUACACGGGAGGCAUCUAUGCAGAGUACCACGACAAGGCCUACAUAAACCAUGUCAUUUCUGUGGCCGGCUGGGGUGUCAGUGACGGCACGGAGUACUGGAUCGUCCGCAACUCCUGGGGAGAACCGUGGGGUGAGCGAGGCUGGAUGCGGAUAGUGACUAGCACCUACAAAGACGGGAAGGGUGCCGACUACAACCUCGCUAUCGAGGAGAACUGCACGUUCGGGGACCCCAUCGUCUAAGACCCAGGCCUCUGGAAGAGCGGGGGUUUAAGAGAUGGUAUCGUGAGCCCUCGUCGGGGGGGGGGAUCCCGUCGCCGAGGGCGCUGGGCCGGGAGUGCCGCCGUCUGCAGGAACUCGGGGCUGACCCGAGCGGACGGCUGCUGGGCUGGCGGGGAAGCCAUCCUUCAAGGGUCGGAAAUGGGAGGGCGGAGAUCCCGGGGCCGGCAGCACGGUGUGCCCGGCCAGAGUGUGGUCUCCAUUCUCCUCAGUACGUGAUUUGGUGUUUUCUAUUUGGCAACGGUGGCCUAUAAUGUGGUAACCGAGGUCAGACUGAUCACCAGUUGCUCUGUCACCUGGAAUCCGUGGUGGGGGUGGAGAAGGCCAUCUCAGAUCACCCGAGUGGUAAUGAAUAAAAUACACGACUCCCCACGGGA